AUGAUAACGGUGAACGGCACACUUGGGAUCGGUCUGUACUGGCGUGGUGGGCAGAUUCUCGAACUUGCGGGCCCUCUGGCAGCGGUUCUCGCCUUCUCGCUGGUUGGGCUACUGUGUUGGGCUGUUAUGCAAUGCAUCACUGAAAUGCUAUGCAUAUGGCCAAUCCCCGGCGCAAUGUCCGUGUUCGUGAGUGAGUUCGUAGAUGCAGAGCUUGGUAUCGCCGUUGGUAUCGCUUAUUGGUUUUCAUAUGCUGUCGCUUUUGGCGCCCUGAUAGCCACGCUCGCCGCAGAGUUUGAUUUCUGGACAGGCACAGGCGGGAAUAAGGUACUUGAUGGUAGCGUCAUUUAUCUCGCGAUCCCACUUCUAUUGGUCGCAACCAAUGCCCUUGGCGUUAAGGCUUACGGUUGGAUCGAGGUGGUUGCUGGAACUAUCAAGAUCAUGUUUCUUGUGGCGAUCGCCGGCAUUCUCAUUGCGAUCAAUGUCGGAGCAGGGAGACAAGGCUACAUUGGAGCGAAGAAUUGGUCCUCUGCAAAGGUCUUCGAUUCGGAUGCCGCUGAUAAGUGGUGUAUUGCGUUUCUAAUGUGCCUUUCCCUAGCCACAUUUGCCUACAUUGGCAUCGAGAUCGUGGCAGCAUCGGCUCUUGAGUCUGCGCCUGACCCGAAACAAGGUGCUGGAGGGACACAGGCUACCGAAUCACAAGUUUCGCCAGGACCAAAUGUCUGGCUAGUUGCGAACACGAUAAUGUUUUCCACCAAGUACAUCUGUGUUCUGGCGACUGUUGCGUAUUCACUCAGUGGCCUGCUUGUCUCGUUUGACAUACCUUGGAAUCAUUGCCACCUUCCUCGACUCAGCUGGAUCAAUAGAACGACCCAUCCAGACUGUGAUGCAUCCACGGUCAUCCCAGCAAAUACCACCUCAGCGAUUGUCGCAAUAGCCGUCGAUUCCGGUCUUCCACACCUCGCCGAUAUUACGAAUGUUUUUCUCGUCUUUACCUGUAUAUCCUGCGCCGGGACCAUGCUCUACGUUGCAUCAAGAGUCCUCUUCGGCCUAACGAGUCGUCUAGACGGAGGCGCGAGCCAGCCGUGGCACCUUCGGCUUCUCGCUUGGCUUGGAAGGACCAGUCGACAUGGGGUACCCGUGCGUGCUAUGAUCUUCUCUGCGGUCGCCUUCAUCUGGGUCCCUUUCCUCCAACUCCGCGGGGGCACAGACACCACAAGACCGACCGGACUGUUUAUAGAGACCAUGGCCCAGAUGUCAAGCGUGGCCGUCGUGAUUGUGUGGGCGAGCCAAGUGCUAGCGUUUAUUCGUUACUACCGCUGCAUAAAACGACACAAAGAAGUCCUACAGAAGCAGGAGACUCCACGUCUAUCUCGCUUCAACCGAGAAGAUCCUACCGAUUAUCCCUACCGUAGCCAUGCGCAGCCUGUGCUCGCGUAUAUGGCUCUCGUCGGCUGUCUGUUUAUUUUACUCGUUGCAAACGGGGCGUUUCUCUGGAAGGGCUUCCACAAAUUCCCGUUUCUCUCGGGGUAUCUCUUUCUCAUCGCAUUUGUGGUAUUGUGGAUAUUCCUGAAGGUCGUCAGAGGCGCGAAAUGGCGCUUCGUCGAUCUGUCGAAUCCUACCAAGGUCGUCAGGAAGCUGAGGAAAUUACACGACAUUCGCCUGGCGGCGGCAUGAGACGAUAUAAUGAACAUCAGGCCAGUUCCUGGAAAGGCUUUUUACGACAGUGGACGCGACUCCGGCUCUCUUUUCUUUUUCUUUUUCUUCCUCUCUCAAGUCAGCUGCCAUAGAUGAAAUCUAAUAUUCCGCGAUGCUAGCCGCCACGGCUGCCAUGAUGG